AUGGGAAAUAAAAAUGUAAAAGCCAAAGAAUUAGUGUAUGAACUCUGCAAAAAUGACAUAACGUCUCUAAGUGUCACAUUGAAAACCUUUAAAUCUUUAGAUUUUUUACUUGAUAUUCCAAGUGAUUUGAGAGAAAAAUUUAAGAUUCCUUAUCAUUGGCAGAAAAAAAAAAAUGGUGGCGUUAACGGAAUCCGAGGUGCACCCCUUUAUGGAGCAGGCAUAGUCUGAUCACUGCUUUGGAUCGGGGUUUAGGAUAUCCUGAUAAAGCUGAAAACAGGGCCUCUGUACCUUUUCAAAAAGACUUCAGUUUGGAGAUGCUUGCAGAAGAGUGAACCUUGCUUCUCCCCUCUACAGAUGGCAGCUCUGACCUAGGGAGCUGAUCCCUUGGAUAGGUGGUUUAGAUCGAAAAACCAAAAUAACAGCUCUCCAUUUGCAUCUUUUGUCUCAUGGGGCGAUGGAGACAGCUAUUAUGGAGCCAAAACAAGGGUAAAGACUCGCUUACGGCUAGCUUAAUCGUUUAAUUAAUCAUUAUUAUUGGCACCCAUCUCCUCUGCACUUGAUUUGCUAUUUUAAAAACUAUGAUUUGCUAGAAUUUGUAUUUGAAGCAUUCGAGCAUAUUGAUUUAAAUAUCCAAGACAACAAUGGCUACACACCAUUGAUGAGUUCUAUUCGAAAAGAAGACAUACUUAAUUUCAGUAAAUAUAAAAUUUCUCUGGUUGCCGUUAUUCUAUUUUUAAAUAGAAAAUAGGACAGCGACUAGUCAGUAGAAAUAUUUAUAUCCACUGUUAUCAGGCAUAUAUAUAUUUUUGUGAAAGGCUGCUACUCCACAAGAUAUCAAUUAAAAUUAAAAAAAAAAUUAUUAUUUUGUCUAUUGUUCUAUCGUUAGUUGCUUAAAUUGGAACAUUGCAAUCUGCAUGUGUAAUCUUUAUCCACGUGUGAAAAGAUGAUUCCACAUGUGAAGCCCUUUUGAUUUCACAUGUGGAAUCAUCUUUUUACACGUGGAAAAGAUUCCACAUGUAGGUUGCAAUGUUUCAAUUUAAGCAACUAAUAAUAUUAAUAAAUUAAAUAAUUAUAAAAAAAUUUUGCUAUUAAUAAUUAUAAUUAAAAAAUUAAAUUUGCUCCUCAUAAAUUGAGAAGUUAGAAUACGGAGCAUUGCAUACUACCAAUAACCAAUUUGACAAUGGAGAUUCUCCUUUGCACUAUGCAUGCGACAUUGGCAAUAUAAAUAUCGUUAAAUUACUUCUUGACUAUGGAGCAAUCAUAGAUAUCCCAAAUGCCUUAAAAAUUACACCUCUCAUGUACGCAGUCCAAAAAGAGCACUGAAAACUUGUCAAAGUUUUGUUAUCAUAUAAAUCAGAUCCAACUAUUAAAGACAUUUACGGAGAUACAGCGUUGCAUUGGGCAAUUAAAAAAAAGGCCAAAAAAGCAAUUAUUGACGAACUGAUACGAGGCAGAGAUCUAACUGAAUUACUAUAUGAUAAAAACGAAGAAGGCAUUACUUUGCUCCAGUUAUGAAGAAUAAACAUGCCCAAUGAAGAUCCAUUAUUUUUAAACCAAUCAAAUACCUCAGAAACAGUUACUGAUCGAACUGCAUCAUUUGAGAAGUUUGAAGAAGAAAAUCCCAUUGUGCUUGAGCCAGUUCAAAAGCCAAAUAUUGUAUUGAAAAGUGUUGGAAAAAUUAUUGAUUUUUUUAUUACUGAUGAAUUAUCAUGGACAAAUAAUUAA